CAUAACUUACCAACCCAAUGCAUAAAAAUGACUGCCUCAUCUAAUAUGGAUGUUGAUUUGCAGGUAACGAAUCUUAUGGGUUCUCUAUCUGCUAGAACAGCAAAUCAAUAUAAAUCCUAUUAUACCAAAUAUAUAAAGUGGUGCCAUUCAAAAGGAUUCAUUCUAGACACCGAGGAUACCGAGUUUGUAUAUAAGCAUUUACCAGUGUCAUCGAAUUUAUUCCAUUGGUUUUUGAUGGAUGAUUUCAUUACAAAUACCGAUGCAGCGGAUAGUCAUUCAACAAUAGAGUCCUCAAAUUUAGAUCAUGAAAGUGUGAGUCUGAAGAUCGGUACUUUAAAAAAAAUAGUAUCAAGUUUGAAGUUUUUAGCUAAAAUUUGUUCUAUUCACAAAGAAGGAACCGAGGAUGUUCAUAUCGAUGAGAAAUAUUUAGAAUCAAUCAUUAGAUCUCAUACAUAUUGGUACAAUGAGCUUACUGCUUUCAAUAAUACUAUUAAUAUGACAAAUACCCACCCAGCAAUUUUGAAAGUUUCCAUAAAUCUAUGGAAUCCCCAGACAUUGAAUUUAUCUGAUAAAAUAUUCAAGACAGGUUUGGAAAAAUCAAGGUUUUUAGUAGAUUUCCAUUUCACUAAUUAUUUGCAUUUGAAUUACUCAAAAAGAUCAAUAAUAAAAUUAUUCCAGUUGAAUGGUAAUAAAGAGAAGAAUUGUAUCACCUUAGAUCAAUAUGAUGAAACCUCUAGGACGCAUAGCCCGUUACUUCUGUUACCUCAAAGUUGUCCAUUUUUAUGUCCCAUUACAUCGCUUGCCACAUAUUUAUAUCUCAGGUUUUAUGGUAUUAGAAAUGUUUAUAAAGGAGACGGAUUCCCAGAUUUAUCAAACACAAUUAAACAGUCAAAAAUGGAUUAUAGUAGUGUCACAAAACUUUCGGCGAACUUAAUUCAUUGGUUAGAUCUACCCUUAAUUAGAGGGAAAUCUCCAUUAGAUUACCCAAAGGAUGAGACUAUGAGCAAUUACUAUUCUAUUGUAUUUAGAUAUUGUCACCUUCCAUAUAAAAGGAGAGAAUACUUCCAAAAGACCAGAGUCGAAUUUCCAACCUGGACAGAUGAAGAGUUUAAUGAAUUCGAUAAUAUUUUAAAGGAAUCAAUGUCAACCGCAUAUAAGUAUAAGGUACCAUAUGACUUUGCCAAAAUAUUGAAUUUAAAGUCUCCAUUCAUUCCAUAUGAUAAUGUUGAUAACUCUUUAACAAAUGAAUCGAUGUUACCAGCAAGUUUAUUGGAUCAGCUAUUUCCAGAAAUUGAUCAGUACAAACGUCAUUCAAAUAUUUUAUCAAAAGAAGCUAAGAAUUUUUUGAAUUUAAUGGAAACUUUGAGAAAUGCCUUGCUAAAAAAUUUACCAUGGAUUUUCCAUUUCUUUCCACAUCAUGAUAUCUUCAAAGACUCAUUAUUUUCGAAUUCCGAUUUUCAAUCAUAUUUCCAAGAAGUUAUAGGCAAUUCGGUAAAACAAAAUCCCAUGAAUCAACUACCUUUUGAUAUAUUACCAGGUAUCAAUAAAUAUACAGAAAACGAUAUUUAUGACGUUCUUAUUGAACCACCUUUAAAAACAACUUCCAUAUCUAGUUCAACUUUGGUGAACUUACCUUCGAUUCAAUCAGGAAUUGCAUCAAAUUUAGAUACAUCGUCUAUAAUAUCUGAUGAGAUUAUGGGUCCUGCUUUUCAGUUUGUACAGUAUCAGACGGCAUCAAACUUCAAGUUAUUGUUGACAACAUUGUCAAAAGUCUUUAACAAAUUAGAUAUGAAAAAAUCGUCAAGGGAAUUUCUUAAUCAGCAAAUGAAUUCAUUAAGUAAUAUCCUAGUAGAAAAAAUUAAUAGCAGUAAACCAAGUGAUGUUAAAAAAAUUGAAUCAGGGAAUGACGAUGAAGAAAAUUUGAAAAUAGAAGAAUUGCAAUCAAAAGAAAAGGAACAUGCCAAACCAAAACCUAAGUUUGGAUUAUUAGAUUUAGAUUCAUCAUCAUCUGAAGAAUCAGAGGAAGAGUCUGAUAGGGAAGAUAUCAAUGAAGACAAUGAAGAUGAUGAAGAUCGAGAUAUGCAAGAGGAAUUGAAAUUUAUGGUUAAUGAAUUGGUAGGAGAAAAAGUUAGAGCUACAUUUAAAAUACAAAUGAGUGAAUAUGAAAAGAAAUUAAAAAUGUCAAUGGAGAAGCUUGUUGAAGAAAAAAUAUCACAAACAUUGAAAACUCAAACUUCAACUAUCGAGGGAACGAUUAAUGACAUUUUAGACAAGAGGAAGAGAGAUCAAGAUAGAAUUGAAAAAGAGGAGGAAGAAGAAAGAGAGAGAAAUAGAAUUAAGAAGGCUAGAUUAGAACCGGUUUCAGUUGAAUUGCCAGCUUUAGAAUCAAAUAAACAAAGGGAAGAAAAUUCACUUAAGUUUAUCAUCAACUCUGACAUUGACACUGUUGAAGGGGUGAUAUUAGAAUGGUUCACCCCUAAUGCAGAAUUCAAUAACGAGUCGAUACAUUCUAUGAACAAGAAGCAUGGGAAAGAAUGGAGAAUUCCCUUUAAAUCAUUAUAUAAGGAAAGGAAAAUUAUCAUUGAGUUUUAUAUUUUCCUAGUUAAUCAAAAGCAAGUUGAUAGAUAUAAAGCUGUUCAAAUAUGUGAAUCGCUUAGAACAAAAAAAGAUACCAAAGAUAAAUCAUUAUCGUCAUUAGCACAUUAUUUAAAGGAUAGCAAAGUUGCUAAUAAUAAUUCCUUUGAAGGAAUAUUAGAAACUUUAUCUUCCUAG